CGGAUGGGAAAAUUCAACACGAGUUUAAAAUAAAAUAAUAUUGUAAUUUUAUUAAUCUCGAGAUUUCUUUAUUUUGUAUUUUAUUGUGUUAUAUUUAUUCUGAUGGUAGAAUGGCUCCGACAUUAAUUUCCCGGGAAAAGUUUCCCGGCAAAAAAAUAACAAAUAGAUGGCAGUACAACCUAAAACAACUCAAAAGUGAGUCAUGAUUUGAGUUGUAAAGUUUUCUAAUUUAGUAACUUUUUAUUAGUGGCGUAUCAAUGGCGUGCUGUGAGAAAUACGAGGAUAGUUAUGUUAGUCCAGUCGUUAAAUAUUUGCUUUUUACGUUCAACUUCAUAUUUUGGCUUUGCGGAGUAGGAUUAAUUGCAGUCGGAACAUGGGCUUUUAUUGAAAAGAACAGCUUUACAUAUGAUAGUGUAAAGAGCAUCUAUGAUGUUUUAUUUGAUGUUUCCGUCAUCUUCAUUGUCGUUGGAUGUUUCAUUUUCAUUUUGGCAUUUGCUGGAUGUCUAGGAGCACUUAGAGAAAAUAUAUGUCUACUUUAUUUCUUUGCAAUUGCAAUAGCUGUCAUCUUUAUACUGGAAGUCAUUGGAGUAGUCUUAUGCUUCGUAUUUGCUCAACAAGCCAAGGCUGCCAUCACUGAUCUCCUGCAAGAUGAAGUCAUUGUUAGAUAUAGGGAUGACCCUGACUUACAAAACCUCAUUGACUGGGUCCAAAAAACUUUUGAGUGCUGUGGAGUAGGAGAGAAAGGCUACAAAGACUGGUCUCUGAACAUUUACUUCAAUUGUACAGAGGGCAAUCCAAGCCCUGAGAAAUGCGGAGUCCCUUAUUCCUGUUGUUCCAUAGAAAAUGAUAUCGAUGAUAACUAUAUCAACACAAUGUGUGGGUAUGGAAUGCAGGAUUUAUCACCUUCCACUGCAUCAAAGAAGAUCUACAUUAAUGGAUGUGUAGAUGGUGUUCUUCUAUUUGCUGAGAGAAAUCUCUACAUUGCCGGAGGUAUUGCUCUCGGCAUUGCCAUUCCACAGCUAUUGGGGAUCUUCCUAUCAAGAAUCCUGAUUGGCCAGAUCAAAGACCAGAGAGAUAGAUGGGUAUAGGUGAGGGCCUCCUUUGAUGACAUCCAGUGACAAAGAGGACUGUGGGUAACAGUUAAAUCUCAUACAUGAGCAGCUGACAACGAAGUAAAUACACCUGUACUAAAUUGUACAUAAUAUUUCAUUAUGGGGCUCAUGCUGUCAUGCAUAAUACAAUGACAAUUAAGAAAUUAGCAUGAAGUUACACAGGCUUGAAGUUGCUUAGAAAAUUUCAGUUUUAGGUACAUUUACAAAAAUACAAAAUGUAGAGGCACUGAUAAUUUAUUAAGCAUUUUUUCUCCCUUAUUCUUCCAUUAACACAUUGCUCAAAAUAGAGCAAUAAGCGAUAUGUACAAAGUGCCUUCCAACAAACAUUCUUGUGUUGAAAACCUAUGUAUAUAAAUAUCUCUAAUUUUGAACUCACUGGUCCUAAUGUUGUUCACUGUAGACUGGUUGAUGUAUGCGCAUUAUAGCUACCAAAAGUUAAAUCCAAUAAAAAGAUUCACUGCUUAACUGCUGAAGAUAUAUUUCCCGAUAAAGGUAUUUAUAAAUGCACAGAUCAUCUCAAUGCAAAAUGUUUUAAUGCAAUGGUCUUCAGAACUGUCAUUAGAUGGCGAAGAAUUUGAUGGGUUUAAAUGUGUAACAUAAAAAUAUUCCUUCGAUAUCUCCAUCAUCGAAUUUAUGGGAAAUAUCUAAAACUUCUUGAAAUUAAAUCUUAGAACAUUUAAUUAAAUAAAGAAUUAUUGCAUCUUACUUGCUAUACUAUAUGAAAAAAUACACGUAUUAUAAAAAACUAUGACAAGGACCAUUGAAGAAGCAGUUAUACAUCACAUUUUUUAUAUUGUUGGGUUAAUACAGAUUGGAUAAGAAUUCUCAGAUUUUUUGAUCAUUUGAUUUUUGAUUUCAAAAGAUUUUACCAAAAUGAUAUUUUUCUAUUUGUUUAUUACAACACCGUUGUAUGUUUACUUUGUACUUCUCUCAUGCUUUAUAAUCAACUUUGGACUUAUACAAGUCUGAUAUUAUAUGAUAUUAUUGAUAUUUAUAGGAUAUCCUAUGAUUUUGAGGAAUAU